AUGGCUGGCAAGCCAUUCGUUAUCUUCGUUCUGGGACCCCCAGCAUCUGGAAAGGGGACCCUAUGCAAACGCCUUGCAGAAGAUCACAACCUGUAUCAUCUCUCUGCCGGAGACUACCUCCGCUACCUAAUCAACGGCCCCUUGGCCGGUCAACCAGACAUCGUCGAUGCCGUAAGAUAUGGUGGUACACGAGGUUUAGUACGCGGAGACGUCAUCGUUUCGCUCUUGAUCGAGAAGAUCAAAGAGGAAAUGAGUAAAGGGGAAUCAGCGUUUCUUCUCGAUGGGUUUCCUCGGAAUCUGGAACAAGAUAAGGCUUUUAGGGAGAGAAUGAGGUCUGAUUUCGACAUCGACACACCUGACUUGACCAUCUCAAUAUCUUGUCCAAAGGAAGUUGCUAGAGCAAGGUACCUCAAUCGAAAAAGGGGCGAUGACAGUGAAGAUUUGUUCAAUAAGAGAUAUUCCGAUUAUCAGGAACGGGAUACACAAGUGGUUGAGCUAUAUAGGAAAGGCUUAAUCGAGGUCACCGCAGAUGGAAGCCUGAGCAUUGGCCAGUCAUAUCUGGAGAUGGUUAAGACUUUGUCCGGUGAAGGAGCGUGGACAAACCUUACAUCCGCUGCGCAAAAUUAG